AUGAUUGACAAUCAUAGAGGUUGGCAUGAGAUGUUGCCAUAUGCUUUAUUGGGUUAUAGAACCACCGUUAGAACGUCAAUUGGAGCUACUCCAUACUUGUUAGUAUAUGGAACAGAAGCAGUUAUACCUGCCGAAGUUGAGAUACCUUCAUUGAAAAUCAUCCAUGAAGCUAAAUUGAGUGAUGUUGAUUGGGUUCACAAACGGAUCGAUCAAUUAACAUUGAAUGAUGAGAAAAGAAUGGUUGUUGUUUGUCAUGGUCAACUGUAUCGACAAAGAAUGAUUCGUGCUUUCCAUAAGAAAUAUGAGUACAAAGGGAAAUUUGCACCAAUUUGCCAAGGACCCUAUGUGGUUCGCAAAGUGUUAUCUGGAGAUGCCUUAGUCCUGUCGGAGAUGGAUGGCACCGAAUGGCCAAAAUCGAUUAACUCAGAUGUUGUCAAGAGAUAUUAUGUGUGA